AUGCCGGCGUUUCAUCGAUUGGCUACCCAUGAACCACCGCCUAGCUCCAGAACAUCAUACGAUGCUACGACUGAAGCUGCGAGUCAUGACGUGACCAAUGAUCAUCUUCCGUCAAUGGAAAUUGAUCAAAGAAGCAACGAUAGCACUGGCGAUGUGCCAGUGCUGGUGGAUACGCCAAUACUGGUGGAUUUGGGGAGUCAUCGGGAUCAUUCGACCAAACAUCUUGGGGUACUGACAUUGACGAUUCUGGUAUUCUACAACGUAUCAGGGGGUCCAUUCGGGGCUGAAGCAGCAGUGCGAGCGGGUGGAAAUCGCAUGGCGCUGCUUGGAUUUUUGCUUGGACCAUUAGUCUGGUCGAUACAAGAGGCUCUGCUAACAGCAGAAUUGGGGACUACUUUCCCAGAGGCCGGAGCUGGAGUCGCCUGGGUAGAGGAAGCGUUCGGCCCGAAGGCUGGAUGGUUUUGUGGAUACCUUGGGUGGAUCGCAGGAGCCACGGACAAUGCAAUUUAUCCAGUCUUGUUCCUGGACUAUCUUCAGGAGAUGCUGGGUCAAAGUAGCGAUGCCAGUGCGGAGUCGGAUGCCACGGCGGCCGAGGAACGUCCAAUUAAGAGGUUUUUGCUUCUGUCAUUUGCAUCAGCAGUGCUGGGAUACAUCAACUGGCGAGGACUGGAUGUGGUGGGGAAACUUUCGGUCUAUAUCGCAGUAAUUGCAAUGUCACCCUUUGUGAUCAUGACGAUAGUCGGAAGCUUCAAAGUGGAUCAUGAACGUUGGCUCGAAUGGCCGCCGCCAAGCACGGAGCAAGAUGGCUCAGAUUCUACUAUAUUUCAAAGCAUUCAGUGGGCACCCUUAUUGAACAAUCUCUUUUGGAAUCUCAACUCGUUCGAUGCCGCUGGAAGUUUUGCUGGUGAAAUCGAACCCUCCAAGUUUCACAGGGGCAUGCUAUGGGGUACCUUAUUGGUGGCGUUGUGCUACUUUCUACCGUUGCUGGUUGCCAUUGGUGCUUCACCUCCUACGUCGGAGCGCCGCCCUGGUGACUGGGAAGAUGGGUACCUGACAAUAGUCAAUGCAGAAGUGGUGGGUCCAUGGUUGGGAACUUGGACUGUGAUGGCAGCAGGCAUUAGCAACAUUGCUCUUUUUCAAGCCGAGCUCAGUGCAGAUGCUUUUCAGCUCAUGGGUAUGGCAGAUCGAGGUCACGCUCCAAGGAUAUUUGGUCGAAAAAGUCAGCACGGAACCCCAACAUAUGGGAUCGUAUUGGGAUUGAUUGUGAUUUUGUUGAUGGAUUUUGUGUCCAAUUUGGACCAACUGAUCGAGAUGCUCAAUUUCAAUUACGCCGUUGCAUUACUCAUGGAGUAUGCUGCCUUUUUCCAAUUACGGAUCAAGCAUCCAGACCUGGAAAGACCCUUUCGGAUACCAUUUGGCAUAGUGGGUUGCUUCUUUUUUUUCCUUCCUAGUCUUCUGGCAACACUCCUUAUACUUUCGCUCGCCGGGAAAGCGACCUACAUUAUGUUUGCGUCAAUCGUUGCAGUGGGAAUCGUAAUGCUUUCACUUUGGCAAAAGGACGAGGAUCCUCAUCAAUAUGAUCCAAAUUUGCCGGUAAGCGACCCGGAAACUGAUGUGAUGACCAACGCUGAGACUACUGGGCUUGCUUCUGACUGA